AUGAGCGACCAACCUCUUCCUCCUGUUCCUCCUCCUCCUCCGGGAGAAAACGAGGAGGAUAUUCCUCCUCCUCCUCCUCCUCUGCCUCCGGCAGAUGAAACGGUCUCUCUCGAAAUUGAUUUCGAAAAACUGGCCGAGCGCGCCGCGGUGAUCGCGCGGGAACAACAACAACAACAACAACAACACCAACAACAGAAAAAGAGGAAACAACGAGAUUCACCAUCGGGAAAGAAGAAUAUACCGCCACCGCCGAUGCCGCCCGUCUCGCUCGGAGGCACAGUUUUAGACGAAGUGGAUUUGGAAAGGAUUAAAGUUGGAGAUAAUCGAUGGGGGAUCGCGCUGAGUAGCUGCGUGGAGUAUCCAAACAAGAAGUAUUUUUUCAGGUAUGAUGCGUUCGUUGGUGUUGUCCGCAAAGACUCCAAAGUCUGCCAGUGGGAAACGCCGAAAGAGCUCAAAGGAGGCUUGCAAAAAAAUCUGCGCAUAUGCCCGCUCGAAGCGACGUUACUGCCGCAAAACACCAUGCCGGAAAGCGGGUGGGUGGAAUUAACAACAACAACAACAAAAAACGCAGCGAGUAGUAUCGACAAACACAACGACAACAACAAAGAAGGCAAAAAAGAAAGCCGAACGGAAGAAGAGAAGACGCAAACGGCGAACGCGAAGAGUAGUAGUAAGAAAAAAUAUUACUGGCACCCGGCGUCCAAACAGGUCACCUGGCAAAGGCCGAGACGAGGGGAACACGAAGUCCAGGAGGCGGAGAUUCUCCCGUUACAGUUUAUUAGCGAAAGCGCCCAAUAA